UCACAAGCCCUCUCCCAGGCCGCCUAGUCUUCUGCACUCUCUCUACCCCUCACCACCCCCAAACCCUCAAACCUCUCUGCUAUAUCGACAGUAUCCGCUGGCUGUCUGGCCCCGCCUCCAUCGUCACCCCGCAUUCUCCUUUCAACUACCUCGUCGCCCUCGCACGCCACCAUGUCUGCCGAACGCCUCUUAAUGAACGAGUACAAGGCUCUCUCCAAAGAGCUCUGGACUAAUGUCGAGCUCAUCGAUGACAACGUGCUUGAAUGGAGCGUCGCGCUCAUCGUCCUCAACCCCGACUCUCUCUACUACGGCGGCUACUUCAAAGCAAAGAUGACCUUCUCGAAGAACUACCCAUACACCCCACCAGACUUCAGGUUCAUCCGCCCUCUCUACCACCCAAACAUCUAUCCCGACGGCCGCCUGUGCAUAUCUAUCCUGCACGCCUCUGGCGAUGACGAAAUGUCGGGCGAACUCGCAUCAGAACGCUGGACACCGGUUCAGCGUGUCGAGUCUGUCCUGAUCUCCGUCCUAUCGCUCCUCGAUGACGCUGAAGUCUCGUCACCUGCUAACGUCGACGCUGGCGUGAUGCUCCGCAACGACCCCGCGAAAUACAAGGAAAUGGUCAAGAAAGACCUGGAAGCCAGCAAGCAGGACAUUCCCACUGGGUUCGUUAUGCCGACCCACGAGGCUGCGUUCAAGACACACAAGGAGGAGGAUGACUACAUGACUUGGGAGGAUAGUGAUGCUGAGAGCUUUGGGGGUAGCGACUCGGAUGCUGACGAUGACGACGAAGACAUGGACUCGGACUCGGAUGCGACCGGGGACGAGGAGGAAGAAGAAACCUAGGAGACUGCGACGCGGAGGCUUGGAUGGCAGGCAUUCCCAGAACCCCUUUUUCUUUUGAUUCUCAUCAAGCGCGGCGUUGGGGCCAGUAGUCUUUUCGGGCUCAAACAUCGGCGCUGGGCGCGAAUCCUGCAUUUCUCUGGCGUUUCAUAGCGGCAUUGGGGUUUCCUUUCUCUCACUUUCCUGCUCCUCACUCUUGCAUUUACUCGAAUAUGCGCACAAAAUUUCAGGCUAUCGCGGGGUAGCAACAACAGCCGUAGUCGGAGUGCCCCUUUAGAUGAGUUUAUAUAACCUCCGUUCAGUGCACAAGCAACGUCAUCUCAUGAACAUAAUAAUCGUCGAGUUGACUCAAAGGGUGCCUCUAUGCCGUGCUUGGGCGGUCCUAAUCCCA